ACGAAAGGCGAGCGUUCCUCUGUGCGCAGGCGCAGGCGCAGGGCUGGGCACUCCCCCGGGAGAGAGGGCUGCUGGGGCCGGUGACGUGGCCUGGCAUGGUCCCUGCUGGUGUGCCUCCCAGGAACCCCGCGCCGCCGGAACUGCCCAAGGCCUAGUCCCGACGUGCGUGUGUGAGCCGGAACUAGGGACAGCUACGGCGGCGGCCCGGCUCGCGGGGACCCGACGGGGCCGCUGCCAUGGGGGAGUGACUCCCCCUGCGCCCGCUGGUCCGCGGCAGCGGCGAGACAUGAGGAGACCCCGCGGCAGGGGCAGCGGCGGCGGCUCUUGAGCCCCGGCAUGGAGGAGAAAUACGGCGGGGACGUGCUGGCCGGCCCCGGCGGCGGCAGUGGAGGCGGCCUCGGGCCGGUGGACGUUCCCAGCGCUCGGUUAACAAAAUAUAUUGUGUUACUAUGUUUCACUAAAUUUUUGAAAGCUGUGGGACUAUUUGAAUCAUAUGAUCUCCUAAAAGUAGUUCAUGUUGUUCAGUUCAUUUUUAUAUUAAAACUUGGGACUGCAUUUUUUAUGGUUUUGUUUCAAAAGCCAUUUUCAUCUGGCAAAACUAUUUCCAAACAUCAGUGGAUCAAAAUAGUUAAACAUGCAAUUGCUGGGUGUAUCAUUUCGCUCUUGUGGUUUUUUGGCCUUACUCUUUGUGGACCACUAAGGACUUUGCUGCUAUUUGAACAUAGUGAUAUUGUUGUCAUCUCGCUACUCAGCGUUUUGUUCACCAGUUCCGGAGGAGGACCAGCAAAGACAAGGGGGGCUGCUUUUUUCAUUAUUGCUGUGAUCUGUUUAUUGCUUUUCGAUAAUGAUGAUCUCAUGGCUAAAAUGGCUGAACACCCUGAAGGACAUCAUGACAGUGCUCUAACUCACAUGCUUUAUACAGCCAUUGCUUUCUUAGGUGUGGCAGAUCACAAGGGUGGAGUAUUGUUGCUAGUACUGGCUUUGUGUUGUAAAGUUGGUUUUCAUACAGCAUCCAGAAAGCUCUCCAUAGAUGUUGGUGGAGCCAAACGUCUUCAAGCUUUAUCCCACCUUGUUUCUGUGCUUCUCUUGUGUCCAUGGGUCAUCGUUCUUUCUAUGACAACUGAGAGUAAAGUCGAGUCUUGGUUUUCUCUCAUUAUGCCUUUUGCAACAGUUAUCUUUUUUGUCAUGAUCCUGGAUUUCUAUGUGGAUUCCAUUUGUUCAGUCAAAAUGGAAGCUUCCAAAUGUGCUCGCUAUGGAUCCUUUCCCAUUUUUAUUAGUGCACUGCUUUUUGGAAAUUUUUGGACACAUCCAAUAACAGACCAGCUUCGGGCUAUGAACAAAGCAGCUCACCAGGAAAGCACUGAACAUGUGCUAUCUGGAGGAGUGGUAGUGAGUGCAGUAUUCUUCAUUUUGUCUGCCAACAUCUUAUCGUCUCCCUCUAAGAGAGGACAGAAAGGUACCCUUAUUGGAUAUUCUCCUGAAGGAACACCUCUUUAUAACUUCAUGGGUGAUGCUUUCCAGCACAGCUCUCAAUCAAUCCCUAGGUUUAUUAAGGAAUCACUAAAACAAAUUCUUGAGGAAAGUGACUCCAGGCAGAUCUUUUACUUCUUGUGCUUAAAUUUGCUUUUUACCUUUGUGGAAUUAUUCUAUGGGGUGCUGACCAAUAGUCUGGGUCUAAUCUCAGAUGGAUUUCAUAUGCUCUUUGACUGCUCUGCCUUAGUCAUGGGACUUUUUGCGGCCCUGAUGAGUAGAUGGAAAGCCACACGGAUUUUCUCCUAUGGGUAUGGCCGAAUAGAGAUUCUCUCUGGCUUUAUUAAUGGACUUUUUCUGAUGGUAAUAGCUUUUUUUGUGUUCAUGGAGUCAGUUGCUAGAUUGAUUGAUCCUCCAGAAUUAGACACACACAUGUUAACACCAGUCUCAGUUGGAGGGCUGAUAGUAAACCUUAUUGGUAUCUGUGCCUUUAGCCAUGCCCAUAGCCAUAACCAUGGAGCUUCUCAAGGAAGCUGCCACUCAUCUGAUCACAGCCAUUCACACCAUAUGCACGGACACAGUGACCAUGGGCACAGUCACAGCCAUGGAUCCACAGGCGGAGGCAUGAAUGCUAACAUGAGGGGUGUAUUUCUACAUGUUUUGGCAGACACACUUGGCAGCAUUGGUGUAAUUGUAUCCACAAUUCUUAUAGAACAGUUUGGAUGGUUCAUUGCUGAUCCCCUCUGUUCUCUUUUUAUUGCUAUAUUAAUAUUUCUCAGUGUUGUCCCACUGAUUAAAGAUGCCUGUCAGGUUCUACUACUGAGACUGCCACCAGAAUAUGAAAAAGAACUACAUAAUGCUUUAGAAAAGAUACAGAAAAUUGAAGGAUUAAUCUCAUACCGAGAUGCUCAUUUUUGGCGUCAUUCUGCUAGUGUUGUGGCAGGAACAAUUCAUAUACAGGUGACAUCUGAUGUGCUGGAACAAAGAGUGGUACAGCAGGUUACAGGAAUAAUUAAAGAUGCAGGAGUAAAUAAUUUAACAAUUCAAGUGGAAAAAGAGGCAUACUUUCAACAUAUGUCUGGACUAAGUACUGGAUUUCAUGAUGUUCUGGCUAUGACAAAACAAAUGGAGUCUAUGAAAUAUUGCAAAGAUGGUACUUACAUCAUGUGAGACAAUUCAAGAAUUUCCCCUGGAAUCUGAACAAUGAUGAUUAAAUAACCCAGUAUUUGUAAUACUGUCAGAGGGAUGAAAAUUGCACAUAAUUGUACUGGAACUUUUAAAGCUCCCUACUAUUGGAUCAAGGAAUCUUUUUUAAAGGAAAUUUAAAUACAGAAUGAAGCAUUAAUUAUACAAGUGAAAUAAUAUUUGAAUUAUGUAUAUAAAGGAAUCUUAAAAUUUGAGUGAACAUAAGAUUUCUCAUCAUCUUCAAAAAUGGAAACAUAAUGAUGGAUCCUAGUGAAGACCAAAAUUCUUUGUUUACUUUCUAUCAGAAAACAUCUUCAUUGUAAAUAUGUAUUUACAUGUUUAUUACAAAGACCCAAAUGAGAAAUUUUUAGUCAGUUUUUUGCAUAGCCUAAGGAUGAAAUAGGAAUAAAAGUUCUAUAUUUAUGCAAUUUCUGUAUAUAAAACUGGUUUCUAAUUAUAACUUAAGUCCAUUAAGUAAAAUCUGUAUUGCCACUUUAAAUGUAAACUAAAUUAUUUGAAAGAAACUUCAACCACUAGUAUGAGAUAAUCAGUAAGAACAGGGAAGUAUAACAUUACAGUUUUUGAUGUAUUAUAAAAACCAACCACUCUGUAAAAUAAAUUUUUUUACUUUUGGUAA